CUUCAACUGGUACUACUAUGGUAAAGUUCCAUGUACAAGUUGAUCCUCUAAGCCUUGGAGUAGUUGCAGAAGAUGAAGAAGCAGCUGAAGAUCACAUCAGCUACGACCAGCUUAAGAAGCGAAUGUGGAAGGAUAGUAUUCGCUUACAAAAGCUCAAAGAGAAUCGUAAAAUCAUUGAGGCAGAAGAAGACGAAGAAGAAGAACCUACAGAGUCGUCGGCAAAGCAAGAAGGGUCUCAUAGAAAGAAAAUGGCAAGAGCCCAGGAUUCGAUACUUAAAUACAUGGUGAAAAUCAUGGAGGUAUGCAAAGCAAAGGGCUUUGUAUAUGGGAUUGUGCCUGAGAAGGGAAAGCCAGUGACGGGCUCCUCUGAUAGCUUAAGAGAGUGGUGGAAAGACAAAGCGAGAUUUGACCACAACGCCCCCAUUGCAAUCGCCGAGUAUCUGCCAGCUCCGAUAUUUGAAGGUGAGUCGGAUCAUGGCUCUUAUGCUCAUUUGCUUCAUGAACUGCAAGACACUACUUUAGGGUCUCUUCUUUCUGCUCUGAUUCAGCACUGCGUGCCACCGCAGCGGAGGUUCCCUCUGGAGAAGGGUUUAGCUCCUCCGUGGUGGCCCACAGGGAAGGAGAUGUGGUGGGGGGACCAAGGGCUUUCUGUAGAGCACGGCGCUCCUCCUUAUCGGAAGCCCCACGAUCUUAAAAAGGCAUGGAAAGUGAGUGCCUUGGCUGCUGUGGUCAAACACAUGGCUCCUCAUUCGGAUAGAGUGAGAAGACUUGUGACGCAAAGCAAGUGUUUGCAAGAUAAGAUGACUGCUAAGGAGACUGCUAUUUGGUCCAAAGUGGUUAACCAAGAAGAAUCUCUCAUACAACUUAAAGAGAAAUGCCUCAAAAUCUCAGAUCACUCAAACAAAAAGGGUAAGAAUUUGAAGUGGCCUGCUACUACUAGCAAUGAAAAGAGGAAGAUGAUGAGUAUUGAUUUGGGAUUAGGGUUUGUGGAAAAGAAAUCAAGGGCAGACUAUGAUCAAGGUCAAGAUCAAGAUCAAACACUUUGUGCUUCUGAUCAAAAUAGUGGUGCUGUUAGUGUGUUGGAUUGGAUUAAUAUGGAGAUAGAAAAGGCCAAUCGGAUUGAUGACAACAGUGGUACUAAAGUGGCAGACGGCUAUGGAUCAGCAAGCUAUUGGGGAGGUGGUAUUGAUGAUGAUGAUCUAGCUAUGGAUGGAGCACUUGAGAUCCAAAGGGGAAACAUGGAUUUAAAUCGUUCUUCCGAAGAUAUUUCACAUAAUUAUGACCAAGAUUCAACUUCUAUUUGGGAUUUGGGAUAUGAUUAA